AUGGCAGCUAUCCGUUACAAGUCUAUGCCAUUAUGGGCUAUAUAUGCCAUCGUGGGUUUUAUUGUUUUAUUCUUUAUCUGGUACAUUCAUUCAUCCAGAACAGAUGCACCAGUUCAAACUCAGGCCGAAUAUAAACCAACAAAAAGAAAUUUUAAUGUAAAAAGAAUUGUACAACAGAAGGACCCAGUGUUUGAUUACAGGAAAGAAGUGGAGGCUAUGAAUGCUGAGAAAACAGCUAUGGACGAUGUGAGACUGGUUGAUCUUAUCCGAAAUUACUUCAUACAGGUUCCACCUGAUGACGAUACUUAUAAUCUUGAGGAGCCCACCAAUCUACGAUUCUCUCGGGGUCAGACAUCCUAUGUGGACCAGAGACUCCAUGCAAAGGAACAUCUGUUUUAUGUGGAGGUAAGAGCUUUCUCAGGAGAAGCUGAAUCCACCACACUGUUCUUUGAGAAGACUCGGUACUGGUCAGGACUAUUAGUGGAGCCAGACCCUGUCAAAUUUGAUAUACUAAAGAGUAAACACCGGAAAGCAUACCUUCUCAAUGCUUGUAUCAAUGACAAAGCUUAUCCCACAAAGAUGACGCUAUCCAGACCAGAUGGCUCCGACAUAAGCAAGCCAGGGACAGAGACAUAUUCUGCUCAGUGCUUUCCUCUCUAUUCUGUCCUUUUGGCACUUGGCCAGAACCAUGUUUCACUCCUCAGCUUAAACUUGUAUGAAUUUGGAAGUGAGAAUCUGAGUGACCAGGAUAUGUUGAUGUCACUUCCAUUUGACAAAAUAAAUGUUACCUUCAUAGGGAUACGCAACAUGUACACUAACAAAGUUCGUCAAGGACCUUUAGAAUGGGCAAUGGAACAGAAAGGAUUUGAGUCACAGGGACGACUGCAAACAGACGACCAGUGGAUUAGUGACUUUAUAUAUCUUAAUAAAGAUGCCAAAUUGCCACAAACGCCUUUCUGGACAAAAACAAAUAUUAUCCGUGCUGUGAUUCUGUUUCUUAUUAUAUACGGUAUACUAAAUGUAUUAGCCUAUCGGUUUCUGUUCCCGAGACUACAUCUAUACAAAGUGGCGUAUGGUUUGGUGUGA